AUGGUGCAGAAGAAUGCAACAGAAGGAGAAGCAAGGGAUCAUAUCAGGAGCUUAAUAAGUUUGGCAUGGAGCAAGUUCAAUGAGAUUAGCGGAAGAAAGUGGAAUAAUAUUCAGCAUAAAUCCAUAAUAAAAAUGUCGGUCAACAUGGCAAGAACGGCUCACUGCAUCUACCAGCAUGGAGAUGGCAUAGGCACUUCAUCUGGGCUCACCAAAGAUCGGUUGACCUCUUUGAUAAUCGACCCUGUACCUUAUUAA